AUGAAUUCCCAUUCUCAACAAUUUCACGAUGAUAAAAGAAUUUCUAGGGCGAAAAAAUUAUCCGAUCAAGCGGCAAAAAAAGCAUUAGCGCCUUUUUUAAAACGCGUUAAAAAACAAGGAACCGAAGAUAUACUUUCUGAACAAUAUCAAAAAGCAUUUUUUAAAUCAAAAGUAAAGGAUGUUAUUGCUAAAUUACAAUCUUUUUGCAAAGAUACUCUCGAAGUGCCAACUGUUCUAAAUGAAACAUGUGAAAUAUUAAGGGAGGUAACAAAAUCAUGGGGAGCUUCAUCGUAUUUAGUUGACGAUUGCGGUGAAAAUUUAAUUUUAAAUGCAAAAUAUAUGCCGAGAAAUGGCCGACACACGGUUAUAUACAAAAUAGAACCUGGGAAAACUGUCGCAGCUUAUGUUGCUUAUUCUCAAGAGUUUGUAAUCGUUGAUGAUAUUUGGGGUGACACGAGGUUUCCAUUAGGUAUUCCAGGCGCUCGUAAAAAUGUCAAAGCUGUUCUUUGCGUUCCAAUUCUUACAACGGUUAACGGAAAAUGUAUUGCAGUCAUCGAACUUUUUCGCGAUUAUAGACAGGAUUCUUAUUCUGCGGUAGAUUUACAAAUAUGCGUAUCAAUGACGGGUUGGAUGGGUGCUGCAAUACAACAAAACAACGAAAGAUUAUUUCUUUUAAAAAAAAUCGAAUUAAAUAAUUAUCUACUGUCUUUAAUUGAAUUAUUUUUUGCUGAAGAUCUGCCAUUCGAUAAAUUUGUAUCUCACAUUAUAGAAUGUGCUAAAUUAUCAGUACAAGCUGAACGUGGAACAUUUUAUAUUAUGGAUGAAGAAAUAAGUGAAGGUUAUGAAAAUGAUAUAAUUGCUGAUGUUUACGAAGAAGCUUUGGUUUCAUCUCAUUACACUCUGAAAAAGAAAAACAAACAUAGGAAUACAGCAUCAUUUGUUAGCUCUUCUGCAAGAGAAGGAGUAUUAAUUAAUAUAGAAAACGCUCUUAAUGAUCCCAGAUAUAAGAAAUCGAAUGAUUUUUUCGGUUCGAUAACAAAAUCAUUGAUAUGUGUACCACUGAUGGGAAAUAAAGGAGUUUUAGGUGUUUUACAAUUAAUGAACAAAUUACAGGAAUCAUAUUUUAAUGAAAAAGAUGAAAUAUUAUUAAAAAAUAUAGCAAUAUAUGCAGCUUUGGCUUGCAUGCAUAAUUUUUCUAAAAAUAUUAUUAAAAAAUAUAAUUUUCGUUGCAUUGGAUUUGAAGAAUUAUUAAAAAUUCAAAUGAAACCUUGCGUAGACGAUUUAAAAUUUUUACGUUACAUGCCAAUAUUAAAAAAAUCAGAUUUACCACAAGAAUUUUUCAAUUUUAGUUGGAUAAUAACUGGUGAAGAAAAUAAAGCUCCCAAUUAUGCUGUUUUCAUGUUUACUUACCUUCUUGGAGAACAAUUUUUCGAUUUUUAUAAACUCACAGAAUUUAUAUUAACUGUUAAAAAAUCAUAUCGUGAUAAUCCUUAUCAUAAUUUUUCUCAUGCUUUUACAGUUUGUCAUUGUAUAUUUAAUAUUUUAAAUCGGAACAAAGAAAGUUUUACAAAGUUAGAAAUUCUUGCUUUAUUAGUUGCAACAAUUUGUCACGAUAGCGAUCACGUUGGAUUUACAAAUAAUUUUUUAGAAAUAACUAAUCAUUGGCUUUCCGAACUCUAUUGGGAAUCACCAUUGGAACAUCAUCAUUAUGAUGUUUGCAAAUUAAUGAUCGAGGGUGACGUCGAAGUCAAAUUAGGUUUUACUCCCUUGGCCAUGAUGGACAGGCAUAAAACGAUAACAAUUCCAGAAAAUCAAAUACAAUUUUUAUCAAUCGUUUGCAUACCUUGCGUUGAAAUAUUAGUGACAGUUUUUCCAAACACGAAAGAACUUUUAACGCAAUGCGUCGACCUUAAAGAAUGUUGGUCGGAUAUACUUGCUAAAAAAGUUAUGGAAGUGUGGAAAAUAAAUGACAGCAUAUUUAAAGAACGGAAAAAAACUGAAAAUUCUAAAAAAUUUUAUUCGACUAAAUGA